AUGAAUAUAGCUAUGGCAAACAAUUCCGCGGAUGUGGAAGAUGAAUGUUUCGUGUACCCUGCCAUAACAAAACGUUAUUCCCAAGUGACUUUGCCAACAGCAGACUCUCCCGUUGAAGCUUCUAAUCCACAAAAUACUCCAAAGACAUCAACACGCCCUCUGCGGUCAACAUUAAAAACGCGCUCUCAGUUUGAUACGGAUAAUUGUGAUAAAAAUCAUCGACGGGGUCAUAUCACACAGUCGGAUUCUACUGCUGAUCCGGGUAAAGCAGAACCACCUGUUUGGAACGAUACAGAAUCAUCAACCGAAACAUCUUUCCUAACUGUGGAGCCAAGUCAGAUGUCGAAAAGGACUUCUAUCCAGCAACUGCGCAAAUAUUCAGUUGUUGAUCCAAAUGCUUUGAAAUACUUUGAGGGUAAGUUCUAA